UGGUUGGCGGUGGUUCCCUGUCGUCGGGCAUCACGCAUGUGAACCAUCCCCCACCGGCGGAGAGUGAAGUGAACACAUCGCUGCGUACAUCGUGAUCUGGCGCGGGGUCACCUUCUAUCACUGCGAACGACAAAACCGCACAGCGAUCAUACAUCAUUCUCGGUGCCCUCUAUUAGCUUGUGUUAGCCACACAAAAACAGUGCUUGAGGAAGUCCGCUUUUCUGCAGACGUGUUCAGUCUUGCUUCGCAUCACCCAGCACCAUGUCUGGCUCUUACGAUGAAUCCGCUGUUGCUGAUGAGGCCAUGGACAGCUUUUGGGAGGUGGGAAAUUAUAAGCGUGCUGUCAAGAGAAUUGACGACGGCCAUCGACUCUGCAAUGAUCUUAUGAACUGCCUUCAGGAACGUGCCAAGAUUGAGAAAUCCUACAGCCAGCAGCUCACUGAAUGGUCCAAAAGGUGGAGGCAACUGAUCGAGAAAGGGCCUCAGUAUGGCUCUGUGGAGCGGGCCUGGUUAGCUAUGAUGACAGAGUCCGAUAAGGUGAGUGAACUUCAUCAAGAGGUGAAGAACGGCCUGAUGAACGAGGACGUUGAGAAGGUGAAGAACUGGCAGAAAGACUCAUACCACAGACAGAUGAUUGGUGGCUUCAAGGAAACCAAAGAGGCAGAAGAGGGCUUCAAGAAAGCCCAGAAACCCUGGGCGAAGAAACUCAAAGAGAUGGAGACGGCAAAGAAGAACUAUCACAUGGCAUGUAAAGAGGAGAAACUGGCUGCAGCCCGUGAGGCAGAUGCAUCUGUCACUCCUGACCAGCAGAAGAAACUCCACGAGAAGACAGAGAAAUGCAAACAGGACGUGCAGAAGGCGAAGGAGAAGUACGAGAAGUCUCUGGAUGAGCUGUCGAAGUGCACACCGCAGUACACGGAGUCCAUGGAGCAGGUGUUUGACCAAUGCCAGCAGCACGAGGUCAAACGACUGACCUUCCUCAAAGAGGUUCUCCUGGACAUCAAACGACACCUAAACCUCACCGAGAACCAAAACUAUGCGUCAGUGUACCGUGAGUUUGAGCGCACCAUUCUGGCUGCCAACACACAAGAGGAUCUCAAGUGGUUCAGUAAUAAUCACGGUCCUGGCAUGCAUAUGAACUGGCCCCAGUUUGAGGAAUAUAAUCCAGAAGCCACCAAUGCUGUUGCCAAGAGAGAAAAGAAGAAGCCAGAUGGAGUCGCUCCUGCUACUCCGAGCACAGAGCAUGCAGGUCAACCAGGAGACCGUGGCAGUGUGAGCAGCUAUGAAAAGAACCAGGCGUACUCCACAGAAUGGUCAGAUGAUGAGCAGCCCACCGGGUACUCAGGAAACGAGACGAAUGGCGGUGCGAACUCUUUCGAAGAGGACUCAGGCAGCAGAGGAGGAGGAGGAGUGCGAGUGCGAGCACUCUAUGACUAUGAAGGGCAAGAGCAGGAUGAGCUAAGCUUCAAAGCAGGUGAUGAAUUAACAAAGAUCGAAGAGGAAGAUGACCAGGGCUGGUGCAGAGGCCGUCUGGACAGCGGCCAGACAGGCUUAUACCCAGCCAAUUACGUUGAGGAAAUCUGAUCACCUGACUUGAGGACAACACACCUUUGGAGGCAGCUCUGAUUGUCCGAUGUAACGACAUGGCAAAACGCCAGAGACUUAAUAAGAACGACUUUCCCUGAAGAUGUGCAAUGCAGUCUUGUUUAAAAUCUAAAAAAUCUUAGUAAAGAUAGCCACACUGUAUAUAUUGAUCUUAUCUGGGAGGCGGGGAAGAGCUUGCUGACUUCUAAUAUCUAUUUGUAAACAUUUAAAAAGCAUAUAGAUACGUACAAACAAGCAGAUAUGAACAAAUAAGUGACCCAUCAGUUAUGCAAGUGCAGGCUACACAUUAUUGGUGCAGAUUACAUGUUAUUUGAAAUUAUAUUACAGACAUUAGCAUAAUAUCCAACUGAACAGAUAUUCACGUGACCACUCUGCUGUAUUUUAGUACAAAGUUCAUCUAACAGAGUCAGUGUGCAAUUAUGGGGUACUCGUCCAGUGUCACGUGUUAAACAGAAUAUGACUCACAACAGGCUAUUGGGUUUUCCUCUUACUCUCACCAUCAGUCCAUGCCUCGUUGCAGUGAUUAUUAUAUUAGGUAUCGUUCUCUUGAUGUCUGUGUCUGUGUGCAUAGCAGCAUGUGCUAUGGAGCAUGUAGCCCUUGAUUCCUAAGGCCAUCUGUACCGUAUGCAGUUCCCACAGUGACCACAGAGGCCAGCAGACUCACGUCAACCUCACACCAGGAAGCGGUGGAAAAUCUCAGGCUAUGUUCAGAACAGAAUACUACCCUAGCAGUAGUAUGGAUACUGCUUACUAUUUUUAAAGAUAGUAUGUGAAACAGUAUGCAUUAUGUAUGUAUGCAGUAGACCUUAGUCAGGGUGGCGCCAUAUUUAAUUUUUGACAGGAAUGAAAUCGAAGCUGUGAGGGAAUGAAGUGCAGUGUGUUCAGUGGAAUGUAAUGUUUAACAACCUAUGGAUUCUUCAGCUGAGGAAACAUCUUUACGAAAAACAUUCUUUGUUUUGAAAGUUGUGAUUUGUCGUAAAAAUGCAUUAUUUAGGACCUUUAUACAGUGUGUGCCAUUGUAAAGACUGUAAAUCUCUACCUCACAGCCUCGUUUUCAUCCAUGUUAAAUUCAACAUGGCUUCCUGACUAAAAUAUUGUAUGCAAGUGGCAUCCAGGUAUCAUCACACAAUACAAUUGCCUUGAAAGUGAAUUGAAUAUUGUGAAAAAUCUCUCAUUAUUGGAUGAAACUCUUGGUAUUCCAUGCACUGCAUAGUAUGUAAGCAUGAUGUUCUGAACAUAGCCACAGGUGUCGAAAAGGUUGAUCGUUGAUCUCAUGUUACUCCAAGAAGGUCUUGUAUAAGCAUCGUCUCUAUUUGGCAUCCGUUCAUGGUCAGCUCUUGACACCAAAUCAAGGUUCUUCAGAUGGACAUGAAUGUUUCCUGUGCAUGAUUUGGGCUACUUAUGCACAGCACAUUGACAAAUCCAUAUGUGAAUUCACACCUGCAACACCACAUGCAUCACAUGUUCAGAAGUUACUGGUAUCAAUAUUCACAACUGAUAAAAUGAAUCCCUGUAGUUUCAAGGCCUGUUAACUAACGCUCUGGUUUCGCAUCAAGACUAUUGUUUAAAACACAUAAAAAAACUAUUUUCAAUUCUGAAAUACUAACUAAAAUAAAAAUUGAAACAUGGUGUUAAACUAUGAUUUGCAGGCAAUAUACUGUACAGUGGGGCAAAAAGUAUUUGGACACUCAAAGUGUCAGUUCACCCAAAAAUGAAAAAUUUCAUCAUUUACCCUCCCUCAAGUUGUUCCAAACCUAUAUGAGUUUCUUUCUUCUGUAGAAUGCAAAAUAAUAUAUUUUAAAGAAUGUUGGUAACCAAACAGUUGCUAGUAGUUAUUGACUUCCUUGAAAUUCAAUAGUUACUGUCAGUCUUCAAAAUAUAUUCUUCAGUGCUCAACAGAAGAAAAAUUCAUACAGAUUUGGAGCAACUUGAGAGUGUGUAAAUGAUGACAAUUUUCAUUUUUUAGUUGAACUAUCCCUCUAAACCACUCAUCGCAUUGCAUUGGAUUACAAAAUAUCACACCAUUUAAUGUAGUUGACAGAAGGAUAGGACAAGCACACUUUUCAAGAAAAAAUUAUAAAAAUAAAAAUCACAUAAAGCAGUUUUAGGUUUGAAAUGAUAGAUGGCUGAAAUCAUAUGCAGGAUUUUGACAUUUUUAUUGUCUAAGCCAUUCAUACAGUUUUAAGUGUAUAUCAAGUGUCCAAAUACUUUUUGGGACCAUUUCAUUUUUAUUCCUCUCACAGCUGAACUCUAUACGAUGAAAAGCCACGAUUUUGAUAAUGCAGGCAGUGCUCCUCAUGUGCCUGUUUUUCCAGAUUGAAUUACUGAAAACAUAAAUAUAUGGAGCUGUGCAUCGUUCAUGGAGUUUCAGUGUGGGGCCGAAAAAAAUAAUGAAACGUGAUGUGACAUAAAUAAUACAUUAAGAGGAAAGAACCCCCCCCCCCCCCAGCAGCUUUGUGAUUUGUCUAAAAUUGUUCAGUCUAGAAAAAAAAUGAACUUGCAUUGUUAAAAUAUUCUGUAACAUGUACACAAAAAGAAGUACAGAAGGGUACACGUGUCGGGGUUGUAUCGGGGAGUAUCCUCUUUAUUAUAUUCAGUGUGUAUGAGUUGUGUUUAUGUAUAGAAAAUAAAAAUGUAGUGUUAUAAUUGUAAAUGUUGGGUAACAAAAGAACAACGCUUUGAAAAAAUAACACUGUAAUGCUCUAUAGGUACCAUAUUGUAUUAAUUUGAUUUUGACUGCAAUGAAAUCACUAUGUACCAUACCUGUAUAAACGCGUGUGGGUCCACGCCGUCAUAUUUGUAUAUGAUGAUGUAAUUUAUUAAGAUUAUAUUCUACUGUAACUGUACAACUGUGUUGAGUAGAAACAAACACCUAAGUUGAGACGGUAAAGAGCCGUGUAAUGUAAAUGCUAUUUUUAAUGUUGAUUUGUACUUUAUGCAAACGAAGGGAUGAAGGUUUAUGUUGUGAACGUUUCUCUUACAAUGUAGAGGACGUGUGUGUGUUCAUAGUUAGUUGAUGUAAAUCGACCUCCUUGCUGGUGUAGUGCCUCCUCAUCCAUAACAUAAUGUUCAUUUAUAUAUGCAUAAAGUUAAUGAUGAUGAACAUGAUGAUCAAAAUAAUGUCGAAAACCUGAUUUAAAGUUUUUGUGCUGAUGUCAAUAUUGCAAUAUUAGUUUGGAAGGAGAAAACAUGUUCGUUGAGAAAAACUUGCAAAACGUGUGUGCCAUUUUUUUUUUGUCA